AUGCCAUUAUUCAAUGAAGAUGUUUUCCGGCAAAACUUUCGUAUAUCACGUGAUCUAUUUAAUUGGAUUCUUGAGCAAACUGGCAAUGCUUUACAAAAAGAAGAAUUAAGUAUGCAAACGACAAUUUCUCCGGCAAAACGUCUAGCUAUUGGUCUCUAUGCAUUGGUAACAACAGCUGAAUAUCGGACGAUCGGGAACUUAUUUGGUGUCUCACGGUCUACAGGAUUUCCACAAUGUGCUGGAGCUAUUGAUGGAACACAUUUUGCAAUUCUGGCACCCGUGGAUAAUGCUGCUGAUUACUAUAAUUGGAAAGCUUAUCAUAGCAUGCAUGCACAAUUUCUUGUUGAUCAUACAUAUUUAAUCCGCAGCGUUGUAGUUAGUUGGCUCGGUAGUGUUCACGACUCACGUGUGUUUGGAUCAAGUCGUUUAUAUGAAAAAAUUACACAAACAGAUCUUCUUUCAAGUCAUAGGAAAAUAAUUGAAGGAGAAAGUAUGCCGGCUUUCUUUGUUGCUGAUUCGGCUUAUCCUCUUUCUGAAAAUCUAUUAAAACCGUACCGAAACGUAAAUUUAACUUCUGAUCAAAUGACUUUCAAUUAUCGAUUGAGUCGAGCACGUGUUGUUGUCGAAUGCGCCAUUGGUCGAUUAGUAGGUGAGAAAAAACACUUAACGAGAAAAUCUUUUCAAGGAAAUUUAUUUAUAGGACGAUGGCGGGGCUUGUCAAAGUGCAUCGAUUGUGCUACUGAAAAAGUGAGCACUGUCAUUCUUGCGGCAGUUAUUUUACACAACUUAUGUGAAUUGAAUAAAACUCCAUUCCUCGCUCGUUGGCUUGAUGACACCAGUGCUGCCACCAUACAACAAUCACCAUCAUUACCUUGUAAUGAUAAAACUACUAAACGUGAAGCCAUGAGAACUGCAUUAGUUAAAUGGUGUCUAUUAAAUCUAUUAUGA